GUCCUCCACAAAGGAGGAAGAACAAGUCCAUCUCACAAGUUUCAUUAAUUCCGUUUUCGUGAAUCUCUCUCUGUGUGUGUACAAAGACGAAGAGCAAACAAGACGAAGUGACACUGAUAGAAAACCCUAGGGUUUUUUUUUUUUUUUUUUAAAUUCCGUCGAGGCGUAAUGUCGUCGGAGCUGCAGAUUUCGCCGGCGAUUCACGACCCGCAAGGGCAAGAAAAGCAGCAGCAAGCCGCCGGAGUCGGGAUUUUGCUUCAGAUCAUGAUGCUUGUCCUCUCUUUUGUACUCGGUCAUGUCCUUCGCCGUCAUAAGUUCUAUUAUCUACCUGAAGCUUCUGCUUCUCUUCUAAUCGGGCUGAUCGUUGGUGGUUUAGCGAACAUCUCGAACACGGAGACUAGCAUUAGGACAUGGUUCAAUUUCCACGAUGAGUUCUUCUUUCUGUUUCUGCUGCCUCCCAUCAUAUUCCAGUCAGGCUUCAGUUUGCAACCUAAACCUUUCUUUUCAAACUUUGGAGCCAUUGUCACUUUUUCAGUGCUUGGAACUUUUGUGGCUUCCAUGGUUACUGGAUUGCUAGUGUACCUUGGCGGUUUGAUGUUUCUCAUGUACAGACUUCCAUUGGUCGAGUGUCUCAUGUUUGGCUCUCUUAUCUCGGCCACUGAUCCUGUCACUGUAUUGUCUAUAUUUCAGGAACUUGGUUCAGAUGUAAAUUUGUAUGCCCUGGUGUUCGGAGAAUCAGUUUUAAAUGAUGCUAUGGCGAUAUCUCUGUAUAGGACAAUGUCCUUGGUGAGAAGUCAUUCCUCUGGACAGAAUUUCUUUAUGGUGAUAGUCAGGUUUCUCGAAACGUUUGUCGGUUCGAUGUCUGCAGGCGUUGGAGUUGGAUUCACCUCUGCUCUCCUAUUCAAGUAUGCAGGGCUGGAUGUUGACAAUCUGCAGAACUUGGAGUGCUGCCUCUUCGUGCUUUUUCCAUAUUUCUCAUACAUGCUUGCUGAAGGUCUCAGUCUAUCUGGCAUCGUAUCGAUUCUAUUUACUGGGAUUGUCAUGAAACAUUAUACCUACUCAAACUUGUCUGCAAAUUCUCAGCGAUUUGUGUCUGCGUUUUUUCAUCUGAUAUCUUCACUGGCAGAGACUUUUGUGUUCAUCUACAUGGGUUUUGAUAUUGCCAUGGAAAAGCAUAGUUGGUCACACUUGGGAUUCAUCUUUUUCUCUAUUUUAUUUAUCGUAAUUGCAAGGGCAGCUAAUGUGUUUGGUUGUGGAUAUUUGGUCAAUCUGGCACGGCCUGCUCAUAGGAAAAUACCAAUGACGCAUCAGAAAGCACUUUGGUACAGUGGACUUCGAGGUGCUAUGGCUUUUGCUCUUGCUCUGCAAUCUGUUCACGAUCUCCCAGAAGGACAUGGUCAAACUAUAUUUACUGCAACUACAGCCAUUGUUGUUCUGACGGUGUUACUGAUUGGAGGAUCCACUGGUACAAUGCUUGAAGCCCUAGAAGUUGUAGGUGAUAGCCACGAUACAUCCUUAGGUGAUGGUUUUGAGGUGGUGAACAGUCGUUAUAUGACUAGUUAUGAUGAUGAAGAUACACCGUCAGGAAGUGGAUUCAGAACAAAACUAAGAGAGUUCCAUAAGAGCGCGGCAUCAUUCACAGAACUAGAUAAGAACUAUCUAACACCGUUCUUCACAAGUAACAACGGAGAUUAUGAUGAUGAGGAUAACAUAGAGCAACACCAUGAAGAACGAAUCCCAUUUACUAGAAGAGGAAAUCUGAAUAACCGAGGCUAAAAUUCCCGAGAGAAGAAAUCUAAGUGUUUUUUCACCGGCAUAUAUGUACAUAAAAGAAAUUGGAUGUAUCGGAGGAAGUAGUGAGAAGGGUUUCUUCUAGAGUUCUCUCUAAUAUGGGACUUGUGUUGUUGGUUUUGAACCUCAAAGGGAGAUAUUGUUAGGUUGAAACUAAUUACAUUUAUAAAAAAGGCAAAAAAACUUAAAUGGCUAUGGCUGCUUAUACUUGUCUAUCCCAGGAAUGUUAAAAUUGCUAUAA